GAUAAAGAAAAGUGUGAAAACGCACACACAGACAUUCAAACUUCAAAAAAAUAAAUAAAUAAAAUAAAAUCAAAAUCUGACACAAUCAAGAAAGUUUUAGAAAGUGCCAAACCCAACGCCUAUACUCUCUCUCUCUUCCUCUCGUUCUCUCUCAUAUUUUUGUGUCAUUGCAACUUAGAAGAGAGUCAAUAGACAUGAAUCUUCUUGUUCUGCUGAUACCCAUUGGGGUUCUUAGCUCCAUUUUAGUUUCAUCUCCAAUUGAGGGCAGAGCAGUCCCUCCUGUUUCUUCCAUCUCUGACCCAGUUCUUCCCACUGAGAAGGAAGAACCCAUUUCCCAAAUUUCUUCAGACGUGGAAGCUCAAUCACCAGGAGUGCCAAAGGUUAAAAUAGUGCACCACCAGGAAAUAAAUAAGAAAAUUGUAGUAGCACUCAUCAUUGCUGCAGCUCUUCUUGGUGGAAUUGUGCUAUUUCUAUCUUGUUUCUGGAUCUAUAGACUGAAACAUCGGAAGGACUCCAUUGUCAAAAAUCAACAGAGCCCAGCAUUUGAACUGGGAGAUAUUCCGAAUGGGCUCUCCUUGGGUCCUAUUUUGGGUAGAUUCAAUACUUUGAGAAUGUCUGGUAAGAAGGGUUCGAUCGCUGUCAUGGAUUACCCAUUGUUAGAAGAGGCAACAAAUGAUUUCCAGGAUGACAAUAUUAUUGGUGAGGGUAGAUUUGGAUAUGUUUUCAAAGCUCGCAUAAAGGAUAACUUCCUUGCAGCAGUGAAAAGACUCAAUAUUGAAGGCCAGGAAGCUGACAGAGUAUUUGCGAAUGAGGUGGACUGGUUAAGUAAAAUUCAGCAUCAGAAUAUAGUUUCUCUUUUGGGUUACUGCAUUCAUGGGAAGACAAGGUUUAUGGUUUAUGAGAUGAUGCAAAAUGGAUCUUUAGAAUCCCAAUUGCAUGGUCCUACACUUGGAUCAGCUUUAACUUGGCAUAUCCGGAUGAAAAUUGCUCUUGAUGUUGCAAGAGGAUUAGAAUAUCUUCAUGAGAGGUGCAACCCUACUGUGAUCCACAGAGAUCUAAACUCAUCUAACAUUCUUCUGGAUUCCAAAUUCAAUGCUAAGCUAUCUGAUUUUGGCCUUGCCAUAACUGGUGGAAACCAGAACAAGAACAACAUAAAGCUUUCGGGAACAUUGGAUGACUUAGCACCAGAAUACCUUUUAGAUGGUAAAUUAACCGAUAAAAGUGAUGUCUAUGCAUUUGGUGUUGUUCUUCUGGAGCUUUUGCUGGGAAAAGGUCCCGUGGAAAAAUUAGCGCCGGCUCAAUGCCAAUCAAUUGUCACAUGGGCCAUGCCUCAACUUACGGACAGAACGAAGCUCCCAGAUAUCAUUGAUCCCGUGAUCAGAAAUACAAUGGAUCUUAAGCACUUAUAUCAAGUUGCUGCCAUAGCUGUACUAUGCGUACAACAAGAACCAAGUUAUAGACCGUUGAUAACAGACGUCCUGCACUCCUUCAUCCCUCUUGUACCUGUUGAGCUCGGAGGGUCAAUGAGACUUGCAGAACCUAUGGCACCUGCCUCCACCGGUCCUGUAGCUGCUAAUGAUGCCAUCUAGACUCUAUGGCUUGCACAUGUUAGCACUUCUUCACGCAUUUGUUUCCACGAGAAGAUGAAAAUUUAUUGGAGUUAUGCUGGGAAGGAAGUUUUCUGUUUUGUUCCAACUUAAGUGAAGCAAAUGAAAUGUGAUUGUUUGAUAGCACUGAAAUUAUCCUCUGUAUUAUAGGUGUGUUUGGACAGUGCUUUCCCUUUUAGCUGAUUCAGUAACAGGUAUCUUUUUGAGAUAAAAA